AUGUCAAAGCCAAACUCAACUCCAGUACCGAGAGCGGGCCUCUCGUUAUACGCAAACCUGCUUGACUCAAACAGCACGACUUCAUCUGCGACCGUCUCAAGAGGCCCUGUCGUCUUUAAACCCAAUCCUGAUGUCCAAGAAGAUGCUUCUUCCAAGAAACCCAACAUAGAUGCUGCUACGCUACGCUUUCAGCCAACGAAGAGACCCCAGCUGCCACAAAAAGCUAAGCCAAAAGGCCAGUUUCCGAAAGCUGUUCCACAGGAAACAGGAAGCUUUCCAGCAUCAAUAUCGAAACCUCCACAAACCGCGAAGCCCGCAGUGAAGAGUACUCUUGCCGAUUGGACUGCGACUGGGGACGAUGACGAUGUGAACGGCUUUUAUGCGGGGGAGAAGCGACAAAGAGGAGGCCGAAAGAGGAGGAAGAACAAACACAGAGAAGAACAUGUUGCAGCACAAGAUUGGGACGAUAUCUAUGACCCAGCACGACCCAAUAGUUAUGAGGAGUACAAACACAGUGAUGAGAAGAUUCGAGAAAUUCGCGAAUGGAAGGAUCGGCUGUAUGCCCAUAGAAUGGCACGAAAGUCCGAGAGUGAAAAGGACAGCGAUGAUGAGGACUACCGGCCUCAAAUGAACAGUCAAUUUGCACCUCCUUCGAAUUAUUCUUUCGCACCUCCUCCCAUAGAUCCACCAUCACCAAAAGCAAGCACUGUUCCUCCUCCACCACCUCUAGAAACAAACCCGCCAGCUUUGGAGCUUCCCAAACCAGCCAUUAUUGAAGGAGCUAUAUCCAGGGCACCAGUGCGCUACAAUCUCCCACCCGCACCCAGCGAGCUUCCCAGUUCAGAAGCAGAACUCGAACAAGCUCUUGCCGCGGAACCGGAAGAAGGCGACGAGCUAACAGUCACAGAAGACACACCGCGCUCACGUCGACCAGGUCAGAAAGGGUUUGCUGAGCGGCUGAUGUCUAAAUAUGGUUGGAGUAAAGGUACAGGACUUGGAGCGGACGGCUCAGGCAUUGUAAAUCCUCUACGUGUGCAAAUUGAAAAGCGGAAAAAGAAAUCUGAUGCUGAAGGUGGAGGUUUCCGUGAUCCCCCUGGUGGAAGAGGUAAAAUUAUAGGAGGUAAAAAAAAUGUUCCAGAGAAGGAAUCAGAGACUGGGAAGUUUGGAGCAAUGUCAGAGGUUGUUGUACUACGAGGUAUGGUUGAUGGCAUGAAUCUCGAUGAGGAAGUUGAAUCUGCUGGAGAUGGAGGCCUGAUGCAGGAAAUCGGAGACGAAUGCGACGAAAAGGCUUGUAGCUUUUUGCAAUAUGGUCGCGUGGAACGAGUUUAUAUUGACAGGAAUGGCGAAACGCCAAAGGUCUUCGUGAAAUUCACAAACCAGCUCUCAGCUCUUCGGGCUGUAAACGCUCUGGAGGGUCGUAUCUUCAAUGGAAACACCAUCUCAGCCCUCUUCUACGACACGGAAACAUUUGAAACCGGCAACUACGAAGCAAAGUUUUAA